AAAAUGUUUCCCCGUUCCCAUAGUUAGGGUUUAGGAGGCUUUCUCUCCCUGAGCUGCGCCUGGUAACGUAAUCUCAUAAUUCUUAAUUGCUCAUACCUAUUAAUUUUUACGAACACAAAUUGCUACAAGGAAAAUGGGGGCAAAGGCUAAGAAGAAAGCAGUGAUGAAGAAUUUGAAGAAGGCCUCAGCUCAAUUUUCUACUUCCAAAGAUGCGACCCCUGAUUUUUUGCCAUUGGAGGGCGGCCCUGCCAGGGAUCUUCUAAAAGUUGAAGAUAGAGAGAAUAAAGCAACAGUUCUGUAUAUUGGGAGAAUCCCACAUGGGUUUUAUGAGAAUGAAAUGGAAGCUUUUUUUAAACAGUUUGGUACAAUUAAGAGACUCAGAAUUGCAAGGAAUAGGAAGACAGGAAAGUCGAAGCAUUUUGGGUUCAUUGAAUUUGAGUCUCCUGAGGUCGCAAGAGUUGUUGAAGAAUGCAUGCAUAAUUAUCUAAUGUAUGAGCAUCUGUUGCAAGUUCGCGUUGUUCCUCCUGCACAAGUUCAUCCAAAAUUAUGGAAAGGUGUAAACCGAUGGUACCAACCCUUGGAUUGGGUUCAAAUUGAAAGAAAGCAUCAUGAUAAGGAACGAACUCUGGAACAGCAGCAGAAGUUAGUUGCAGGAAUAAUGCGAAGGGACCAAAAGAGACGAAAGCGGAUCGAGGCUGCUGGCAUUCAUUAUGAGUGCCCAGAAAUAGUCGGAUGUAUCCAACCCACUCCAAAGAAGAUUAAGUUUGACGAGGAAUAGGUCUUUCCAGGCAUACCAGAAGGAAGCACACCGUUUCUACAAACCAUGCACUCAAAUUUUGAUCAUCCAUACCUUCUAUUUAACUCAGUCUAGACGGUUGCUCAUCACAGUUACAUUAAUCACUUGUGAUAAAAUUCUGUAAUUAUUCCCGUUGUUCUGUUGACGUGCCAAGGGCAGCCAACUUCCUUUGAAUGUUUGGACGCAACGUGAAGAAUAUAUACUAUUUCAAGUUAAUAUGUUUGAUAAUUUGAUUUUUGGUAGCA